AUGGGCCAAGGAGGCAGCGACGGCGGUGGCGGUGGCGGCGGUGGCUGGAGAAAGAGGCGGAGGAGGAUGGAAGAAGGAGGCGGUGGCGGACGGAGGCUGGUCCCGGGCGCGCCUGUGCUGCUGGUUCUCUGCGGACUCCUGGAGGCGUCCGGGGGCGGUCGAGUGCUCCCUCCGCUCAGUGACGACAUCCCCUUCCGAGUCAACUGGCCCGGCACCGAAUUCUCCCUGCCUACUGCUGGUGUUUUCUAUAAAGAAGAGAAUUAUGUCAUCAUGACAACAGUAGAUAAAGAAAGAUAUAAAUGCAUACUCCCCCUCGUAGCAAGUGGAGAUGAGGAAGAAGAUAAGGACUAUAAAGGCCCUACUCCAGGUGAAUUAUUGGAACCACUGUUUAAACAAAGCAGUUGUUCAUACAGGAUUGAGUCUUAUUGGACUUAUGAAGUAUGUCAUGGAAAACACAUUCGGCAGUACCAUGAAGAAAAAGAAACUGGUCAGAAAAUAAAUAUUCAGGAGUACUUCCUUGGAAACAAGAUAAAAAAGAAUACAGUGACUGAAACAGAAAAAGAAGAAAAGGAAAAUGAAAUAUUCAAAGAGAAUUCAAAGGAGAUUCCGACUAAAAAUAUUGAAGGUCAGAUGACUCCCUACUAUGCUGUGUGGAUGGGAAAUGGUACCCCUUGUAGCUUGAGACAGAACCUCCCCAGAUCAAGUAUGGUGAUGUACAUCUGUCAUCCUGAAGCAAAACAUGAAAUUCUUUCAGUAGCUGAAGUUACUACUUGUGAAUAUGAAGUUGUCAUAUUGACACCUCUGCUGUGCAAUCAUCCUAAAUAUAGGUUCAGAUCUUCCCCAGUGAAUGACAUAUUUUGCCAAUCACUCCCAGGAUCACCCCUUAAGCCUCACAAUCUGGUGCAGUUGGAACAGCAACAAGAAGUAAUGAAGAUCCCUUUUAGAAGAAUUAAAGAGGAAGAAGUGCAUUCUGGUAAAGAAGACAAAUUUACCUUCGUCCCAAAACCAGUUGCUCUUGGCACUCAUCAACUACUCACUGUUGGGACAACGCACAUCUCCAAACUGACUGAUGACCAACUUAUAAAGGAAUUUCUUAGUGGCUCUUAUUGUUUUCAUGGGGGUGUAGGUUGGUGGAAAUACGAAUUUUGUUAUGGUAAACAUGUACAUCAGUACCAUGAGGAUAAGGAAGUUGGAAAAACAUCUGUGAUUGUGGGAACAUGGAACAAAGAAGAGCAUAUUGAAUGGGCAAAGAAGAAUACUGCCAGAGCCUAUCAUCUCCGUGACGAUGGUACACAAAUAGUUAGGAUGGUAUCACAUUUUUAUGGAAAUGGAGAUAUUUGUGAUAUAACUGACAAACCAAGACAGGUCACUGUAAAACUAAAAUGUAAAGAAUCAGAAUCACCUCAUGCUGUUACUGUUUAUAUGUUAGAGCCUCAUACCUGCCAAUACAUUCUUGGGGUAGAAUCUCCAGUAAUCUGUAAAAUUUUAGACACAGCUGAUGAAAAUGGACUACUUUCUGUUCCCAGUUAAAAGACUAGUGAAGUCAGAAGAAUGAAGAUUAUUAAAAAUCAUCACAAUUUCUACUUUACAUGGCCAACGAAUGGCCACAUUAGAGAGUUCCUAUCCAAUGGAACAUGACAGGACUAUUUAAGGGGACUCUUUGAACCACUUUGUGAAUAUAUAUGUGUAUAUAAGAGGUUAUUGAUAAACUUUUAAAGCAGACAGUUUUGUCUUACUCAUUUCAUUUGUGUUGUGAAUUAGAAGUUUUGUGAAAUACGUGUUUUUUUUCCCUUGCUGAGGUAAUGAAUCUUGCCCAAGAAAAUUAAGUGUCAUAACCAUUGCUCUAUGCAAGUUUUUUAACUGAAUAAUUAAGCUGGCCUUGUUAAUGCCAGCUCUGUUUAGGAAAGUGAACACAUGGAUGGCUGAAGGUAACUUUACCUAUUUUUAUAAUCUUCAAAAAAAUACAGAUUUGCAAGCAGUGACUUCUUCCUGUGACCUAUUAUUAUUGCUUAUUUUUUCAGUUUGUAUUAAUGUGGUUGGUUCUUCCCCAUAGGUUUUCAAGGAUUCUGCUAUAUUUCCUAUUGUUUUAAUCUAAUAAUUGUAUGUACAUUAUUUUGACUCUUGUACUUGAUUCUUAUAAGCUGUCUAGUUCCAGAUUCUGGGAUUGUAGCUAUAAAGCCAGAAGUGACUUCAGCCACCUUCUAGUCCAAGCCCCUUGUUUUAUAGAUGAAGACACUGUAAUCUGUAUAAGGUCACAUAAGUAGGACACAUCAGAGGCAAGAUUUGAACCCAAUCCUUUCUCCAGAACCAAUGCAAUUUUGCAGUAUCAUUUUAUUCCUUAAUAAAAAUAUUCACAGCCA